CCAGAAGAGGGUUAUUGCCUACCAGAAUGGGACAAGACCGUAUGUUGGCCUCUCACCGCAAUCAACCAAUCAGCAACCUUGCCAUGUCCACCAAUCUUUCCACAAAUCGAUCCAUCAAAAUCGUUCACUCGGAUGUGUGAGAGUGAUGGUACAUGGGAAGAGGGGCUUAAUUACCGGCAAUGUUUCAAGAAUAUAGGCCGAGAUGAUACAUCGUUUACACGCAAUGCAACAGAAGCACAAUUACAGUUUUAUAACAGUGUUAUAAAUGGGGCCAAAUUAAUGGAAUUGAUUGGUCUCUUCUUGUCGUGGACCGGACUCGUGGUGGCGCUAUUCAUUUUCUAUUAUUUCAGAAAUCUCCGAUGCCAUCGAACAAAGAUCCAUCAGCAUCUCUUCAUCGCCUUCAUCUUCCGCCUCACCAUCGAGAUCAUCCUGGGUGUGGACCGUUUCAACAGCAAACUUGCCUCAUCGCAAGGAUACGAGAGGCAUAACAGUAUUCACAAUGUGGCGCCACUUUGUAAAACGUUUGAAGUUCUGCGGGAAUACACAAGAAUAUGCACCUUCGCUUGGAUGUUCAUAGAGGGGAUCUACCUCAAUACAUUACUUUCUUCUGCUGUGUUUGGAACGCCCAAGUUCGUCCUCUUUUACAUCAUCGGAUGGGCCAUCCCGAUAGCGUUUGUGAUCGCAUGGGCGAUCGUUAUGGAUCUCACGGCAGCAAAGCUUUCUGGAUGUUGGCAUGGUCAUGUUGAUUCUAUCUGGUACUGGGUCUUCAUUGAGAUUCCUCGCAACCUCAUGCUUGUGGCAAACGUACUGUUCCUAUUUAACAUCAUCAGAGUACUGGUGACCAAGCUUCGGGAGAGUAACACCAGUGAUACCAAGCAAGUUAGGAAGGCUCUCAAAGCAGCUAUCGUUCUUCUGCCGUUGCUUGGAAUCGCCAACUUGGUGUGGUUGAUCCCUCGGCCGAAGCCUCAAGACGACAAGUCCUUCAUCCUCAUAUAUCACUAUCUCUUCCUCUUCCUCGAUGCCUACCAAGGAUUCUUCGUAGCAGUUCUCUAUUGUUUUGUCAACGCAGAGGUGAGAGCCACUUUAAGACGGAAGUGGAGUGCUUGGAGGAACAGUCGAAGUCCUCACCAUCACAGAGGUCAUUCCAUCGUUACCACGGCAACAGACAUCCGUAUGUCUCUGUUUGACAAUGGUCACGUGCCAGCGGAAACGUGACAUCACAAUGGUUCAAGACAACGGCACGACAAAGGUGGCAGCCAAUAACGUGGUCGAACUCUGAAACUACAACAGUCUUUUUUAGCGUGCGAGAAUUCCCGACGGUAUCGAGAAAAGCAGAGGAGUUGACGUCAUUGUGAUUUCGGAAUAUAAUCGAAAAAAAAAAACGACGGAGAACGUCCUACGCAGAAUUGGGACAAAAGUUGGAGAAAAAAUACUAUUUCUGAUGUAUUAUAUUUUGCCCCGAGGGAAGCAACAGUUGCAUAUGUUUCUCACCAAACAUCUAACUGGGAACAUUAACAGAUGCAAUCCAAAGACUUCAAAGGAUUGAGAAGGAAAUAGUCAACUAAGUGUUGUCGCAGUGUGAAAAAACAACAACGAAGGUGUCAAAAUAUGUUUAAAACCAGAGCAUUGCGUAGACGAAUUUUUUUUACAUUUAACUUAUAUAGAAAAUGUAUGUACAUGAGCUUGCCGUGAUUUUUUUAUUCACUUUAUAUGAACUGCGCUAAAGUUUUGAGGUCAAAUUUAUUUAUCCUUGGGACAUUUCCACAAUUUUUUCAGAAUUUUGCAGCUUAGAGUUGAAAUCGCAGAAUACUCACGGUGGUCGAGAAAAAUAUUUCAUUGGACAGAUAUUGCAUAUAGAAGCGAAAGGAGUUUAUAGGAAUAUUCAGCCGAUAUAUUGAUGGGUGGGGUGGUGUUGAAUAAUAUGGGAGUAUGCUCGUGACGAUUAUGAGGCAGUGCAAAAAUAAUAGUCAAAAGAAUUAGAGAACAAUGUUUGGCAUAUGAUUUAGAGCUUUCUCUUAAUGUUUAGGAUAUGGGAGUUAGCUAGUUUAAUGAAGUAAUGGAAUACUAUCUAUGAUGGUAAGGCUGUUGUUUUACGCUAUGACGUUGGUGAUGAUGAUGAUGAUGGUGAUGAUGAUGAUGGUGAUGAUGAUGAUGAUGAUGAUAAUGAUGAUGAUGAUGAUGAUGAUGAUGAUGAUGAUGAUGAUGAUGAUGAUGAUGGAUGAUGAUGAUGAUGAUGAUGAUGAUGAUGAUGAUGAUGAUGAUGAUGAUGAUGACGAUGGUGAUGAUAAUGAUGAUGGUGAUGAUGAUGAUGAUGAUGAUGGUGAUGGUGAUGAUGAUGAUGAUGGCGAUGAUGGUGAUGAUGGUGAUGAUGAUGAUGAUGGUGAUGAUGAUGAUGAUGAUGAUAAUGAUGAUGAUGAUGAUGAUGAUGAUGAUGAUGAUGAUGAUGAUGGUGAUGAUGAUGAUGAUGAUGAUGAUGAUGAUAAUGGUGGUGGUGGUGGUGGUGGUGGUGGUGGUGGUGGUUGUGCCAGUGGUGAUAGUAGUGUGUUGUUGAUGAGGAGGAGGACGUAGAAAUGUAUGAGGUAGGAUAGUUGGAAUGAGAGAAAUUAUCAAAUUAUAACCAUCGUGAUUACUUUGAAGCGAUCAUAAAUUAUGAUGGUCACUCAAAAUAAUGUGGGUAGUGAUGGUCAGGGUGCGAAUGGCAGAGGAAAGAUGGUAGUGAUUAUGAUGACAGUCGAGAUGAAUAUGGCUAUUUUUAAUAUCAUAAUGAUAUUAUACCUUUGUAAAUAUUGAUGGUGGUUGCAUAACAGGAACGACGACGACACUGAUGGUGAUGACGGUGGGGUAGCGAUUGCGGUGCUGGUGCAGGGUGUGAAAAAUUGAUGAUGAUGAUGAUGAUGAUGAUGAUGAUGGUGGUGAUGAUGAUGAUGAUGGUGACGAUGAUGGUGACGAUGAUGAUGAUGAUGAUGAUGAUGACGAUGAUGCUGACGAUGAUGAUGUUGAUAAUGAUGACGACGAUGAUGAUGAUGAUGAUGACGAUG